UAAUUGCCGGCCAUUAGGUCCACGAUAUCCCGAUGACGAACAUAAUUAUUAUUACACUCUCACCGCAGUCGCGCACGAACCAUGGUUCACGGGUUACCAUCACUCACCGAAUCGCCACUCGUGCGAUCUUUCGGAAGUUUUGCCGCAGUUUACGUUGGACGUCAUUAUUGUAUGCGUAUUCUUAAGAUUUUUUUAUGGCAAAAAUAAAAUGUUUCAUCUGUACUGCUCAUGAUUAGAGUAUUGUUUGAUGUACCUACAACGUAUGUUAUACACUCGACGAACAUAUUAUUCGCGAGCGAUGGAGUUAUCGCUGCAGUUAUUGUCUUUAAUCGCAUUGCUGUUGUGUCACCCUGUCGUUUUGGUGUCGCUCCGACGGAAUAUCACUAGAAAUGUAUAUGGCCGCGGGAACCAAAGGACUAACGACGAAGCAGUGAAUUCGAGAUGUCAACCGUGCACGUGUGGUAUUGGAUAUCCCGGAACAAGGAUCGUGGGAGGCAGCGAAGUCAGGGAGAACGAAUAUCCUUGGAUGGCUUCGCUGUGGAACGCCAAGAGGAAGUUCUUCUGCGGCGGUUCCAUCGUCACUGAUCAGUACGUGCUCACGGCUGCCCACUGUUUGAGUGAAGUACCGGUUACCAAUUACCGAGAGAUACACGUUGUGUUCGGGCAGACUAGAAGACCCGCAAGACUGUAUCAGGGCGGACCUCACGUCAUCCGCGCAGCAGUAGUGAAGAUCCACCACAAGUAUGACCGACAGGGAGCGAAUGUGCACGACAACGACAUAGCGCUGGUCAAGAUGGUUAGACCCGUGAAAUUCGAACGCACUGCCCAGCCUAUUUGUCUGCCUAUGAUCAGGUACGACUACGGUGGGUUGACCGCGGCCGUGGCCGGGUGGGGGCAGUUGAGCGAGGACAGUGGCACGUCGCUGAGUCUCAGGCACGCCACGCUUCCUGUGUGGACCGAAAAGGAAUGCACCGCCGUUCCCGAGAUCGAGAAAACGGGAUACACGUCCAACAUGAUGUGCGCCGGGCUCCGGGAUGGAGGAGUGGAUUCGUGUCAGGGCGACAGCGGUGGACCUCUGAUGCUUCAAGAUAAUAGUGAAAAAAUAACAGUGGCAGGUAUCGUUUCUUGGGGCAUUGGGUGUGGAGCUCCAAAACUCCCUGGAGUGUACACGAGGGUCGACAAAUAUCUGGGAUGGAUAAUGAGAAACACGAAAGACAGUUGCCACUGUACUAACUGAAUCCAGUUUUCAUGACUGUUGUACACUACUGUAAAAA